UUUUUUGCGGGAGGCCUUUUACAGCCAGGGGUCACUUCAUUUCUUCCAAUUGUGCUAUUUACUUUAAUGGGAGCAUUCAACUGGAGAAUAAUCAAUACAAUAACCAUAAGCAACUCGGUGCUAGACUGCUUCAGUGUAAUGUCGUUCAUCCUGGCUGUGGAGCACAGUAACAUACACAAACGAGCAGCAUUAAAAAUACUACUUAUUUCUGGCUGCUCACAUUUCAGAUUGAGCUUCGCAAUAUUCGUAACAAGCACGGUGUUGUCACUGUGGUUCAGCAACUGCAUGGCGUGCGGCCUUAUGAUGCCAUUGGUGAAAGAGAUUUUGAAGGAACUGGAAAAAAUGGGCAUUUUAGAGACCAACGAAAUUAUAUGCAAAGUAUCGACUUGCUCGAGUGAUAACGCUAACGAGAAAUAUACUCCGAGGCCUUCGGAUUUUUGCAUAUUUUACUUCAUUGGCAUUGCGUACUCUUCAACAAUAGGUGGCAUGUCAUCGUUUAUUGGGAGUGAGACGAAUCAACUUUUUAUCAAUUACUUCUCAGCAAUCUUUCCAGAUGGACCAAAGUUGGAAGCACCACAUUAUUUGUUGUUGACCUUACCGGGCGUUAUAAUAAUGGAGAUGUUCCUUUAUUUAUGGCUUAACUUCUAUUUUUUGGGAAUGUUAAGAGUCCAGAACUAUACAGCCUUGCAAGCCAGUCUAACGAGUGACGAGGAGCAAUACAUUUCAGUGCUGUUAACUGGCCAGUAUCAGAAGUUGGGGAAAAUAAAGUUUCACGAAAUGGUUGUAGGAGCUACAGUUGUGUUGGCAGCGUUUCUUCAAGCAAUUAUAUUCACUUCAAAAUCUUAUAGUGAAGAUGACAAAUUGAAUACCAAAAGUUACAUUAAUACUAGUGUGCCGUUUACAGUUUGUGUUUUUAUAUUGUUCGUGACACCAACACAAUUUAACUGCAUCAAGUUCUUUAAAAAGCGAAACGAUAACUCCGAACCCCUACCUACAGUUCCAACAAGAAGUUGUUUAACAUGGACCAUGAUAAAGAAUAACAUCGACUGGAGUGUUAUCUUUUUAACGGCUAGCGCCAACAUAACAUUCGAAUCCCUUGAAGACUCAAAAAUGACUGGUGAAUUUGAAAAGUUUCUAUCACUAUUCUCGGGCUGCCCUGCGCCUGCGCAGGCGUGCAUCGUAAUAGUGUUCUGCAAGAUAUUGACAGAGUUCGCCGACAGCGCCACAGUAGGCCAUUGCAUUCUUGCACAUGUUGCUAAUGUGGGUGUAAAAUCUAAAGUAAAUCCACUCUACCUGAUGCUGAGUUCAACUCUGUCCACUUCUCUACCCUUCCACCUGAUCACUGGCACUCCAGCUCAUGCAAUGAUAUCCAGCUACAUAAACAUACCACCAAGGAAACUGGUUAUCGCCGGUAUCGGUCCAUCCGUGAUGGCGAUUUUAACGAAUUUGUGCACUGUUUGCGUAUGGUCUAAGGUGAUAUGGCCGGAUAUUGAUACAUAUCCUACUUGGGCUGAUGGGAUGCAGAAUAAAUAAUUUUAA